AUGCCAACAGACUCUUCUCUCUACGGCAUACGGCGCCCCAAAGCGGAAGCAUCUAAGAAGGACAUAACCUCAUCUAACACUCUCGCCUUUACAGCGCAUCUGUCUUCUCUCAUCGCAAAAGAAAAAUCGUCAUCCUCAACCUCGCGAACGAGCCGCGCCCGGCCCAGGCCCCCCAGAACGAAAGAUGAUAUCUUCACCACCCAUAAUAAGGGCGCACUGAAGCGCGCUGCAGCAGAUAUAUCCCCAGACAGUCCCAAUGUUGGGCAAAUCCACAAACAAAGCGGAGAGCUAGGGCCUGUGGAUGAAGCUGCUUUGCACCGCUCAAAGAGGAGGAUGGCGGAGAAAGCAAAGCUGUAUGCUGAGCUAAAAAGGGGUGAAUAUCUGGCUGCAAGUAGUGAUGAGGAUGACGAAGACACUCUGGACCGUGGCAAACCCCUGUCUGCUGUUCGCCGUGCGGAGAAGCACAGCUUGGUUGACUUCGACCGAAAGUGGGCGGAAGAGGAGCUUCAUAGGCCUAAUCAUGAAGGGGACCAUGAGCCAGAACAGGAACCUUUGGUGGACUACGAAGAUGAAUUUGGUCGAUCCCGGCGAGGCACACGCGCAGAAGCCGCAGAGGCCCAAGCCCGCGUUCGUCAAACCCGCUCGAACGACAUGUCAGAAUCCCACGCCGCAUCGCACAAUCCAAACCUCCCUGCCAGCGCCCGGCCCUCUCGCCCUACAAACUUGAUUCAUGGAUCUACAGUCCAGGCCUCUGCUUUCAACCCAUAUGCCAAUCUCACAGCACAGAUGUCUCACCUGGCCAAACGUCGUGAUCGAACGCCAACGCCUCCACCGGAAACACAUUAUGAUGCCGAUGGUGAGAUACGGAAUCGGGGAACCGGCUUCUAUGCGUUUUCAAAGGAUGAAGAGGCAAGACAGACGGAGAUGGCUGAUUUAUUGCAGGCCAGAGAUGAGACAGUGAAAGAGAGAGGCCAUACGUCUUCGAGGAAGGAAGAGAGACAAAGGGCAAAGGCUGAGAGAUUACGAAAGAUCGAGGAGCUCAGAGGGAAGAGGAGAGCAGAGGACUUUCUAAGCAAGCUGGGAAAUAUGGAAGACUUGGGUAGCCUUGGAGAAGCAGAGCCUAAGCUGGGAAAGAGAUAG